AUGGGUUUCAUCUCUUGCAUCUCACUUCCGACCAUCUGUUCGAGAAUUCCAUCGACCCUUUUCUCAAAGGAAUCGACUUUAGCAUCUUUGUAUUCAAAAAAGUUUGCUUUAAGACGCGUGGAUAAACCCAGUUCCUUGUUGUCACUAUCAACAACGUCUUCGAUGAUGGCUACUCCUAUUCAAGCCUCUUCUUCCUCCUCCACCAUUGGUGAGACCAGUGAUGGCUUGAAGGUCCAGUCUCAUGUAUCAAUUGGGGCAAACGAUUUGCUGAUUGUUGGACCAGGUGUUCUUGGACGGUUAGUUGCAGAAAAAUGGAGAGAGGAACAUCCAGAUUGUCAAAUUAUUGGGCAGACAGUAACACCAAACCAUCAUGAUGAGUUGGAGAAGUUGGGUAUCAAACCAUGUCUUAAAGGAACUGAAUUUGAUGGCAAGUUCUCCUAUGUCAUCUUUUGUGCUCCUCCAUCACAAAGUCCAGAUUACGCCGCUGAACUCAGGACGGCAGCAUCAAAGUGGAAUGGUGAAGGAUCAUUCUUAUUCACAUCUAGUUCUGCACCUUUUGAUUGCUUUGAUAAUGGAGAAUGCAACGAGGAUUCUCCACAAGUGCCACUAGGAAAGAGCCCAAGAACCGAUGUGCUUUUGAAAGCUGAACAAGUAGUGCUGGAAAGUGGAGGGACUGUCCUCAGACUUGCAGGGCUUUACAUAUCCUUUUUGAGCUCAACGAGCUAA